AUGUACGUUUGGAUUGAUCUUGGUGGUAUGGAUAGUGUUAAUACUAGCCAUGGUAUUGCAAGUGAUUCUGAAAUAUUAUCAACACUGUCUUCUUCAUCUAUGUCCACAUUUCGAUCUGGUGAAACAUCCCGUAAUAUUAGAUGUCGUGGUCGUCCUCGAUUACGAGAUCGCCCUGCCGGUUCAGACAUUGAAAAUAUGCCAAUUCAACGACGUUGUUAUGUUGGCCCAAAUUCAAAUCAAUUCCAUGGAACUAAUUCAAUGAAUAGUGAUGUACCUUUUGUAUCACACUCUUUAACUUCGGAGUUUGUUUCAGCAUCGCCUUCUAUGCACAACCAGAGGUCAUCUUGUGCUGGUGUUUACCAAGAUGAAAACUCAUCAAGAGAUGUAUCAUAUUGGGAUUGUGGAAUUACAGAAUAUGUAUGUCCUUAUUGCAAAGCGAUCUUGUGGUAUGGUAAGAGAAGUGUUAAAUAUCUUGCACCGUCUAAUCCAACUUUCUCUACUUGUUGUGGUAAAGGCAAGGUUGUCUUACCUUUACUUGGGCAUGCUCCGCAACCAUUGCGACGGCUUUUACAGCCGAAUGGUGAACCGCGAUCUAAGGUGUUUAAAGAGAAUAUCAAGCUUCUAAAUUCAAUGUUUUCGUUUACUUCUACUGGCGGUAAAGUCUGUUCGGAUGUUAAUGAUGGAGGUGGUUCCUAUACAUAUGUGUUGAAUGGACAUAAUCAUCAUAGGAUUGGUACUUUGUUACCUCAGCAUAUUGAUGGACGGCCAAGAUUUGCACAACUAUACAUUUAUGACACAGAAAAUGAGGUUGACAAUCGAUUAAAAACAGUGGAGAAGUGUAUUCAGUCUGGGAAUGAUGAUGCAUGUAUUCGAAGUUUAGUUAAUUAUUUAAUUAGAAUGCUUAAUCGGCACAAUCCAUUAGUUCAGAGCUUUAGGAUGGCCAAAGAAAGAUUUACUCACUUUUCGCAGCAACCUGUUAGACUUAGACUGCUUGGUACACAAAGAAGGGAUGCGAGACAGUUUAAUUUGCCUACGGUCAAUGAAGUUGCUGCAUUGAUUCCGGGUGAUGGUAAUCCUAUAGAUUGUCAUGAUAUUAUUGUUGAAGACCGUGGUAGUACAAAUGCGAAACGUAUUUCUGAACUUCAUCCCAGUUACAUGUCGUUGCAAUAUCCAUUACUUUUCCCGUAUGGAGAAGAUGAUUUUAAUCUGGGCAUUCCUCUAAGUAAUAUUAGUGCUGAAAGUAAAAGAAAAAAUGUUUCAUUGAGAGAAUACUAUUAUUUUCGGUUGAUGGUUAGAAUGGAAGAAGGUAGAACAUUACAUAGUUCUGGCCGGUUAUUUCUCAUAUUUGUUGUUGAUGCAUAUACGCAAGUGCUUGAACAUGACUUACAAUGGUACAAGACUCAUCAGACAACAAUUCGUUUGGAGUUGUAUAAUGGGUUGCAUGAUCGUAUAUUAGAAGGCGAGACAAACUGUGAUUCUAUAGGUCGACGUGUUGUGUUGCCAGCGUCCUUCACAGGGGAGCCUAGGCAUAUGAUACAACAACAUCAAGAUGCGAUGGCAAUUUGUCGUUGGGCUGGUAUUCCGGAUCUUUUUAUUACCAUGACGUGUAACCCAAAAUGGCGUGAAAUUCAACGGCAUUUGCAUGAAAACACAGUGGGUCACUUAGUAUCUGAAAGACUUGAUAUUGUUUCACGGGUAUUUAAGAUCAAACUUGAUGAGCUCAUGAAAGACAUAAGGAAAAAAAGCAUCAUUUUGGUGUUCCUAAAGCGGUUCUUUACACAACAGAGUUUCAAAAACGUGGUCUGCCACAUUCUUGUGUUUCUUAGUCAAGUUGAUAAAAUUACUUCACCGGAUGAAAUUGAUAGAUUUAUAUCUGCUGAGCUGCCUUCUGAAUCGGGUGACCCAAUUGGUUUUUUUAAUGUUGGUACUCAUAUGAUGCAUGGUCCAUGUGGUAACCUUAGACCUUCGAGCCCUUGUAUGAAUGAUGGCAAAUGUACUAAAGGAUUUCCGAAGAGUUAUUGUGACGAAACUUUUAUUAGAAAUGAUGGGUGGCCGUCGUAUCGACGACGUAAUGACUCACGUAAAGUUCGUGUUGGUCGGCAAGAUAUUAUGCUAGAUAAUCAAUAUGUUGUUCCUUAUAAUCGUGCGUUGCUUAUAAACUAUAUUAACAAAGGUCAAGAUCGUGCUACCGCUGUAUUGGAAGGUCAAGGUGGGAGAACAACAUUUACAUCACUUUUAAAUCAUGAAAAUGAGAUUAAGCAGUACAUGAACUGUAGGUAUAUUUCAGCAUCAGAGGCGUGUUGGAAGAUAUUUGAGUUUGACAUGCAUUAUCGUUUAGUGGCUGUUAAAAGACUCCCAUUUCAUGAAGAAGGGUGUAAUAGAGUAUAUUUUAAGGAUUAUGAACAAAUUUCUGAUGUUUUACAACGAACAACAGCUGCAAUGUCAAAGUUUACUGAGUGGAUGGCUGCAAAUGAAAGGCAUGAGUUUGGCCGGACAUUGACGUAUGCCGAAUACCCAACUUUUUUUACAUGGCAUGAGAAGGAAAGAGUGUGGGAGCCCCGUAAAGAUGCUGAAAUAUUGAAUUAUACUAUGAAAGAGAUUGAACAAGUGUUGAUUCAGAGUGGCCAGUCGUUGACUUCCUUUCCAAACUUACCCCAGAUUGACCAUACUUCGAAAGAUAGAUUUAUCAACAGGUUAGUUCAAUUUGAGAGAGUGUAUGAUGCUAAUGAGGAAAGGACACGUUUUAUUAAGCAAUACGCUGGGUUGAAUAGUCAACAAAAAGAAGUGUUUGAUAGUAUAUAUUCUGCUGUUCAGGAUGAAGCACCUCUACAACAUCGCCAUGUUUUUGAAGUUGUUGAUCGAACAUUGAGGGAUGUGUGUCGAGACAGCGUGGCUGGUGCUGAGCAUAAAGUAUUUGGUGGAAAGGUUGUGGCGUUUGGUGGUGACUUUCGGCAGAUUCUUCCUGUUGUUCAGUUUGGUUCACGAAGUGAAAUUGUUGCUUCAGCUAUUAACAAGUCGCCAAAUAUAUGGAGGUCAUGUAAAGUGUUUUCUUUAACAACUAACAUGCGUUUACGUGAUCCAAGUAUUUUUGGUAGGGAUCUUAUUCAAAUGCAGGAAUUUAGUAAAUGA